UCAAGACUCCCACUACACUACACUAUACACACUCCACUCCACUAACGCAUAAUCUCAUCAUCUUCUUCUUCCUUAUCCCUCCAAUGGCUUCCCCCGCCAGCCAAAUCCCCUUCUUCUUCUUCUUCUUCUUCAUCCUUUUCACUCUGUUACCCUCUUACACUCAAGCAAGAGACAGCCAAUUGUUCAACAAACUCCCAAGCACCACCAACAAUGACGUUGUCCCUACCCAAAACCAGCCCGAUUUCAUCCCCGACACUGAAAACAGCUACGGUCUCUACGGCCACGAGUCCGGCCAACUCCCGCCGUCCACCACCACCGCCACUCCACAAUUCACCGAAUCCGAUCAACAGCAGCAGCCGCCGCGCAAGUACCUCCCCAAGAACUACAACCCCGUCGCCUACGUUACCCAGCCGGAAGAGAUAAACGACAGCGUUUCAAUUCCUAAUGAAGAGAAAACCUUCCCCGUAAACCCUAAUGGCUUCCCCGUGAACCCUAAUGAAGAGAAAACCUUCCCCGUAAACCCUAAUGGCUUCCCCUUGAACCCUAAUGAAGAAAAAACCUUCUCCGUAAACACUGACAGUUACAAUGGUGCCGCCGAACACAACUUCUACAACCCCCAGCAGGAUGAAGACGACUCCGCCUACAGAAACUACGCCGCCACCACCUCCGCCGCCGCCGCAGAGGGAAAUAAUAACGAUUUCUACUACAAUGGCGGGAACAGCUUCAACAGCGAGCCGCAGAGCCGCCGCGGAAACUACCCCAACGGCGGUUUCCAGCCGAGCGACACCAGUUUCAACAGCCGCGAAAACUAUUUCAACGGCGGAUUCCAGCCGCAGGGGAUGAGCGACACCAGAUUCAUCGAAAACGGAAAGUAUUUCUACGAUCUCAAUUCCCAGAAGUACAGCAGCAAUCACCCCUACGAAAGCCUCAAGGGUGCCCGACCGACGGCGACCGGAUAUACUGGCAGCUUUGGCGGCGCCGAUUGGGACCGGGAAAACAUUAACGGCGGAUUUCCCUGAAACGCCUCUGGUUGAAUUGGGAAAAGAUAAUUUAGGGCAAUCUCCAUUGAUGUGUUACAUGAAGGUUCUUCUCAGUUCUGUUACUGCCGUUUAAUUUAUUAUUGAAAAAAAAAAAAAAAACAUUGAUCGAUGGAGUGAUACAAAAUAUAUAUGACUUAAGUAUGUCCUGUUUUUAAAAUUUUGUGCUUUUUGCAUUUAAAUUUGUUUAAAUUAUUAUUUUUUUAAAUCUUUCUAUAUUGUACUUUGUGAGCAGUGUGACAAAAAUAAUCAAUAUUGAAUAAAUGUAUAUUAAUUUUAUAUUAUAGUA